CACUCGUGCAAUACAUGCUACCUAUUUAAUUAAUAGGAUGCCAUCAAAAACUCUAGGAUUUAAAACUCCUAUUGAUACUCUUCAAGCCAGUUCUGAAACUAGGCUCAUUAAUUCUCUUCCCAUAAAAAUUUUUGGCUGCACAGUUUUUAUUACCAACCCUGACAGAACUGCAAGCAAAUUUGAUCCUAGAGGCAAAAAAUGUGUUUUCUUAGGACUAUCUUCAACUCAGAAAGGCUAUAAAUGUUUUGACCCUAUAACAAAAAAGAUGUUUAUAACUAUGAACACUGUUUUUGUAGAAAAUCAACCUUUUUUUGGUACUCAUCUUCAGGGGGAGAUUCCUAAUGAAGAUGGUGAUAAUGUGUCACAUAUCCAUGAAAAACUUGAAUCUCUUGACAUUAAUCUAGAUGCACAAUAUAAUAGACAGUUAGAUGCACUAGAAAAUAGUCAAGAGUCAAAAGAAAAUGAAAUAAAUUUUUCUGAAACAAGGAAAGAUGAUGAACAGCAGACAAGUAAGUUUUUUGGCAAGGUUUAUGAAAGGAGAGUUCCAAAUCACAGAAUAGAGGACAUCCCUGAUCCUGCCACUGCCCAUGAAUCUGACUCAAUGUCAGAAAAUGACAAAGGAAGCUCUAUCUAUACCUGAGUGGAAGAAGGCAGUUUUAGAAGAAAUGAAUGCUCUUGAAAAGAAUCAGACAUGGCAGGCUGUAGAAGUACCCAAAAACAAACCAAGGGUGGGAUGCAAAUGGGUAUUUACCCCUAAAUUCAAGGCAGAUGGUACACUUGAAAGAUAUAAGGCCAGAUUGGUUGCCAAAGGAUACACACAAACCUAUGGCAUAGAUUAUACAGAAACUUUUGCUCCAGUUGCAAAAUUAAAUACUAUAAGGAUCCUACUAUCUCUAGCUGCUAACCUAGACUGGCCUCUUCAACAGUUAGAUGUGAAGAAUGCUUUCUUAAAUGGGAAGCUUGAAGAGGAAGUAUACAUGAGCCCCCCUCCUGGGUUUGAGGAACAAUAUGGCUCAAAGGUGUGCAAGCUGGAGAAAGCCUUAUAUGGACUUAAACAGUCCCCAAGGGCUUGGUUUGAAAGGUUUACUCAAUUCAUAAAGAAGCAGGGAUUCAAGCAAGCCCAAGCAGACCAUACACUAUUCAUGAAAUUCUCCAUUAAGGGAGAGAUUGCAGUACUAAUUGUUUAUGUGGAUGAUAUAAUUCUUACAGGAAACUAUUGUAAAGAGAUUGAAGACCUGAAGAAGAAGCUUGCUCAGGAAUUUGAGAUCAAAGACCUGGGAGAAUUGAAGUACUUUCUUGGCAUGGAGAUAGCCAGAUCACAGAAGGGAAUUGUGGUAUCCCAGAGGAAGUAUGUACUAGACCUACUCCAUGAAACAGGUAUGAGUGCCUGCAGACCAAUAGAUACUCCAAUUGACCCUAAUCAAAAGUUAGGAAAUGUCAAGGAAGGAGUACCAGUUAAUAUUCACCAAUAUCAAAGAUUGGUGGGAAGGUUGAUUUAUCUGGCACAUACAAGGCCAGAUAUUGCCUUUGCAGUCAGUAUGGUUAGUCAAUUCAUGCAUAAUCCAUUCCAGGAACAUCUAGAUGCUACCUACAGAAUCCUAAGAUAUUUGAAAAGCUGUCCAGGGAAAGGAUUAUUUUUUAAAAGAAGUGACAAUAGAAAUGCAGAAGCCUUUACAGAUGCAGAUUAUGCUGGUUCAAUAACUGAUAGAAGGUCUACAUCUGGGUAUUGUACUUAUGUAUGGGGGAAUCUGGUGACUUGGAGGAGUAAGAAGCAGAAUGUAGUUGCUGGAAGUAGUGCAGAAUCUGAAUUUAGAUCUAUGGACUAUGGCUAAUGGAAUCUGUGAACUACUUUGGAUCAAGAGAAUGAUGUCAGAAUUGAAUAUGGAAAUGGAACUACCUAUGAAGUUAUAUUGUGACAAUAAAGCAGCCAUUAAUAUUGCUCACAAUCCUGUGCUACAUGAUCGUACUAAACACAUUGAAGUGGACAGGCAUUUUAUCAAAGAGAAGAUUGAAGCUGGAAUUGUGUGCACACCAUUCAUAUCUACCAAAGAACAAACAGCUGAUAUCUUUACAAAGGGGCUGUUUAAACCAGUGUUUGAAUUUCUUAUAAGCAAGUUGGGAAUGUAUGAUAUAUACUUACCAACUUGAGGGGGAGUGUAGAAAAAUGUAGCAUAUACAUGUUAUUUUUAUUAUUUGUACAUCCGGGACUGUAUAGAUAGGAAUUAGAGUUGAUAUAGGUCUCUAAUUCUUAGAUUAGCUCGCAGAUUAGAUAGAAUAGAUAGAUCCUAAUUUUUAGGAUCUGUAACAACUUUAGUUUAUCUGUAACUUGUAUAUAUAUCAUUGCCGGAUGGCUCAAUAAUACACAAGGAAGAUUAAUUCUUCAAACUUAC